CUAAACUCUAGCUGUAGUUUCCAUUCGGAAUUUUAUUCUGACGCACCGUCACAAGAAUAACCGGUGUUUGGGUAUUCCAUUGUGACCGUCGUGUGGCUUGACAUCAUGAAUAUGGACUUUUUAUGAGGAUAACACUGGUAGCUUUGAGCAGCAUAGUCUCCCAUCAUGUUGUCAGGGGCAGUAUGUCACUCAGUCCCUCUGUGGCGCUCUGCCUUGGCUGCUGGCUGCUUACAGUGUGAGGCAGGGCCAGGGAGAUGGCUGCUGGGUGGGGUCCUGAGGAGAGCCUACACCUCCACCAGAGCAAGGCAGGCUACAGCAGGGGACAGUGGCCCUGUGUUUUCCAGAGCCCCAGCGUACAGGGACAAGCUGGCCAUAGUGGAUGACAGUGGAAGCCACAGCUACAGGGACUUGUAUGGCAGUAGUAGGGGCCUGGCUGGGCGUAUCAAGGCAGCUCUGGACUGUCCCUCUGGGGACCUGCAUGGGAAGCGCAUCACCUUCCUGUGUGCCAACGAUGCCUCGUACACGGUGGCCCAGUGGGCGUCCUGGAUGUGUGGCGGCACGGCCGUGCCUCUCUACAGGAAGCACCCUCUAUCUGAGCUGGAGUACAUCAUCUCUGACUCCCAGAGCUCCCUGCUUGUGGCUGGGCAGCCGUACGCAGACACCCUGGAGCCCCUGGCCCACAGACUGGGGCUGCCCUACCUGCAGCUGCCCCCCACCUCCAGCCUCAGCUCCCUGCUGGAAGCCCCAGAGACCCAGCCUGAGCCUGGCAUCACAGACUGGGCCCAGCGUCCUGCCAUGAUCAUCUACACCAGCGGCACCACAGGCAGGCCCAAAGGGGUUCUCCACACUCACAGCAACAUCCAGGCCAUGGUUCAGGGUCUGGUGUCAGAGUGGGGCUGGUCCAGAGAUGAUGUCAUCCUCCACACCUUGCCCCUGCACCACAUCCACGGCAUCGUCAACAAGCUGCUCUGCCCUCUCUGGGUGGGUGCCACCACCGUCAUGCUGCCUACCUUCCAGCCUCAGAAGGUAUGGGAGGUCCUGCUCAGCUCCAAGGCACCUAUGGUGAAUGUGUUCAUGGCUGUUCCUACCAUCUACUCCAAGCUGAUCCAGCACUAUGAGCAACACUUCACCCAGCCACGCGUCCAGGACUUUGUCAGGGCCGUCUGCAAGGAGAGAAUCAGGCUGAUGGUGUCUGGCUCGGCCGCCCUGCCCCAGCCCACCCUGCUACGCUGGGAGGAGAUCACAGGACACACCCUGUUGGAGCGCUACGGCAUGACAGAAAUAGGCAUGGCCCUGUCCAACCCCCUGAAGGGGCCUCGCAUCCCAGGUGCAGUCGGUGUCCCUCUUCCAGGAGUGGAGGUUCGCAUCGUCAUGACGAACGCAACCAGCACCACCAUCGCCGAGGGCAACAGCAGAGAAACUCAGGUGCGUUCAGGGUUGGAGGGGAAGGAGGGGGAGCUGAUGGUGCGAGGAAACCAGGUCUUCACAGAGUACUGGAACAAACCAGAGGCCACCAGGGAGUCUUUCACUGAGGACGGCUGGUUCAAAACAGGGGACACAGCGGUCUAUAAGGAUGGGGUGUACUGGAUCAUGGGCCGCACCUCAGUGGACAUCAUAAAGAGUGCAGGAUAUAAGAUCAGUGCUCUGGAGGUGGAGCGACACCUGCUAGCCCAUCCUGACAUCACAGAUGUGGCUGUGAUUGGAGUUCGGGACGCCACCUGGGGACAGAAGGUGACAGCGGUGGUGCAGCUGAAGAGGGGGCUGAGCAUGACCCUGUCAGAGCUGAAGACUUGGGCCAGAGAGCACAUGGCUCCGUACACCAUCCCUACAGGCCUGGUCCUUGUGGAGGAGAUGCCCAGGAACCAGAUGGGGAAGGUCAACAAGAAGGACUUACUCAAGCACUUUUUCCCCAGCUAACUAGUAGAGAAGCCUGCACCUCCUUCACGCCCGCCUCCUCCAUGACACCUCCCUCCAGCAGGAGCAGAGACCCUCAUCAUACUACAGUAAACCAUCGAGAUGUACCCCAAGUGACUGACUCACCAGACAGUGGUCUGGGGAAGAAUGAAGAGACCUCAUUGAGGAUCCCACUAACUACACCAUUGACCCCACUCAGCUCUGAGUUAGUGGUAUAAAUACUGUAGGACUGUUCACUGCUGGGCCUGGAGGCACUGAGCUCAGCAGUGCUGUGUCUUACACAUGAUUAAACUGCUGUAGAGAUAUAUUUAGUUUGGCCGCUAUGAUAGAGAACUGAUUUAAUACGAUAACGCUGUGGUGCCUUCUUUAAAGACUGAGUGCUACGAUCAUUAGCAUGACUGGGGAUCAUGACAUGAAUAAUUAUGCAAACACACAAGUACAUUAAGAAACUGUGAAAAUGAUAAGAGCAGCAAGAGAUCCUUGACAUUAUACACAGAAGAAGAAGAGAGGGGAAUACAGUGCAUUCUUAAAUUGUUCAUAAUUACAAUCCAGAUGGAUGCCCUUGAAUUGGCAAUGAAGUUUAUUUUAAUGUAAUAAAAUGGAUGAUGUAUGGAAAUGCA